ACCACGUUUUGCUAUUUUCUUUCUUCUUUCCUAUAUUACAUUCAACUUCUUCAUCUUUCGAUUUCGCUGACUACGUCAGUCCCCCCUUUUAAUGGCUUCAAAUACUUCCUGGAACACGUUUCGGCAAUUUCGUCUCAUUGUUCUCGCUUUUGCCUCGAUUAUUUCCUUGACAUGGUCCAUCAUCAUAGCCGUGUACAUGGCCAACAAUUGGUCAGGCUACAAUUCCGGCGAGCGCGGAUUUCUGUUCGGUCUCGUUGUUCUUGAUUUCGUUGCUUCGAUUUUGUUGUAUCUCAUGAUCGUCGUGCAAUAUCAUUUUUGGCCAGACGCCGCGCGAACGGCAGUACUUUUGGGUCUUGACGUCGCCGGUGCCGUAGUCUUCAUGAUUCUUAGCCCAAAAUUUCCGUGUAACGCUUUCGGCUCUACUGCAAAAUGUCAUGUUAUGACAAUGACGGUCCUCGUAGGAUCUUGGGCCAUUUCCGCACUGAUACUUCUGUAUGCCAUUUGCCUGCCCUUCGUGAUUUCUAUCCCUCGUCCACGCAGCCCAACUCAAACUGACGAUUCGGAGAAUCAACCUGAUGUUUUGGAGGUCACGGAAGAUCUGCACAUGUCUCAUGCGUCGUCUGCGUCUCAAGCGUGGCUCUUCAAAAAGCAGGAGAUGUCUCCUGAGGUCCCUGCGUCGGAGCUUCCGUUACCCCAGCACAUCCCUGCUGACUACCAGCUUCCCAGCAAUGCUGUGUCACCGUCGUCGUUGCACAUGCCACCACAAGAAACACGUGAUGAUCGCAUCGAAUUGGAGAUGCUAAAUACUGCUUCAGUCUAUUCUGACGCAUCUCCUCGAUAUAGCACUGUGAGAACUAUCCGUGCUCCAGACAUUGCCGACAGAAGCCUGAAUUCAUCUGGCUCAUCUUCCCCGCGACAAUACCCACCUCACUUGGAUCCUCUCCAGUCAUCCGUUUUGCCGAACCCCUUCGUCGGCGAGGCUUUGGAUGCCAAUCGUGAUUCAGUGGCCAGCAGCCUCUAUGAAUCCACUUGUGAAUUUCCCACAGUCCCCGUACCACUCGCUGAGGCACCUCAUCGAACCCUGAGUGUGAUCACGGGAAGUUCGGCCUCAGUGUAUUCCCAAGGAACUAUGUUUGCCCGUGCCAGAACUACAUCCCCCGCCAGUGCAACUACUCGUCUGAUUGCAUCGCCGUCGAUGUCGCGCUCCCCUGUUCACAUGUCUGUACAUUCCAUGAUGGCUAGCGUUCACGAUCAUGCGGAGUAUCAGGCUGCAAGAGGUGAUUACGACACUCCCAGCCAUGGCUUUUUGGAUCCCCCGCUGACUGCUCUUCCCACACCACAACUCUCUACAGGACCACAUGAACCCACGUUUGAACUUCACCUUUCCGAUGUCCCCAGAAGAGAUUCUCAGGACGAAUCAUUGGAUUUUCCUCGGGACGUAGUGCAAGAUCAACAUCCCCCACUAGUGCGGCCCAGCUUGCAACAUCUUCGCAAUGAUUCUACAAACUCUAAUAUCGAUCUGGACGGGUGGAGGAGGCUCGUGCUUAGCGCUGCUGGGCGAGAACAAUGAUGAUCUUAGAUUUGGACUUUCACUUAUAGUAAUCUACAUUGGCAUUUAAUGGUCUGCCAAUAUGACCUGGACUUGUGCUUGAGGC